AUGUAUUUGUAUACCUGGGUUCAUUUUUCAGGUCGGUUCGGCUCGUUUCAAUCAGGCUUUAGAACUGAACUAGAGGCGGCGAAACAUGCUAUUCAUCUGCAAGAAAAAUGGUUUGAGGGCAGCCCGGUAUUUCAUGACGAUGGACAAGAAUACGUACCUGAACCGGAGGAUGGUGAUCAAAGGCCCAAAUACGUCGGAGAGCCAAGCAAAGAGAUUGAUCAUAACUGGGAGCAAUUACAUUGGGGUCGGUUCUUCCUGCUGUCUGAGGAGGAGGCUCGGUCUGCAUGGGGACCCGACUACACAAAGUUUUGGGCGCCAAGGGAAGGGGGAUAUGUUGCUGCGACCACAUACGCAAGGCAUUUUCGCCGGAAUCCUACCCAGAGGACAGCCCCAUACAUGGUGGACUGCACCGAGACCAUUGUAUUGAUCAUUUACGCCAGACAGUGA